CACCCUGGACGGAGUGCCAACCCAUCACAGGGCGCGCACACACACACACACACACACACACACACAUUCACACACACACACACACACACACACAUUCACACACACACACACACACACAUUCACACACACACACACACACACACACACAUUCACACUCUACGGGCAAUUUAGAGUCUCCAGUCAGCCUAAAAGCUACUACUAAGCCAUUGUGCCGCCCUCUAAGAGUUUUCUAAAAUACUUCUUCCUCAAUUCUGGGUAAUGUAUUGCAUGCUUGUGUAUUUAUUGCUUCCUGUGUUUUAUACAAAAGCAAAUUAAUGACACCAAAUUUAUUCAUGAAAUGAAUUAAACCUUAAAUAUGUUAAUGGCUUUUACAAACAUGUUAGCAGAACACUGUGUCUAUACUGUGUACAGGGUUUUUUUUUUUUAAAUCAUCUCAGACCACAUAUGUGAAAAGGUGAACCCACUGACUCAGCAAAGUAGGAAGUUAAACACACAGCACAGUCAGCAUCAAACCCAAACCACUAAACACAUGCAGUGAAAAACUGUAUAUGUUUAAAACUGUUUCAUUUUAAAUAACUUACAUUUGUUUAUUUUAUGGAUAUUAUGAUAUGUUUUCCUGUCCUCUUAAACUUUUAUUUUAAAAGGAAGUGUUAGUGUUGAGUAGUCCUGUAGUACAGUAAUGCAGUUUCUUUACACCUCACACUGACAGGGUUGGGGGUGGUUUCCUGGGGAAAAUGGCUUGGGUGCAAUGUGUUUCCACUUUCACAAAUCAGACUGUGCAGCGUAGACAAAAAUUUGAAAACACUUAUCAUUAAAUGGAAAACCAUAGCAGGUACCAUGAAUAUAAUUGUAAGCACAAAUGAGGAUAACAAUAAUUAUAAAUCUUACAUUUAAAAUGUAUAUUAUAUUUUCAUACUUUACUUAUUCAGUUGCUGGGAAAUUUAAAUGGAUGCAAAUGAAAAAAAUAACUUAUAAAAAUAUAGAAAAAGAAACAGAAGAACUUAAACACAAUUAAUCUAAAUCGUAAUAUAAUAAUAAAGCUGUAGAGGUUUGAGUAAGUGAAUGUUGAUAUAUGUAAGAAAUACUGCAUAUACAUGGUGGGUGUGCUUGUGGUGAAAAUUUCAGCAAAACUGAACGUAGGACAAUGUCACUUCCUUUAACUGAACCAUAGGGUGUGACUUGUUCAGCUCGAGUGAUGGUGAUUUCCACACUUAAUAAUUGUCUCAAGAAGGUUUAAGAUGAUAAUGAAGCUGCUUCUUUGUGCUAUUUGUGUCCUUCUCUCAGCACAAUGCUUUGUAACAUCUGAGCUUAAAAUCAAUGGAUAUACAGGACAGUCAGUGACAAUAGAGUGCUCUCAUGUGUGGGCAGUAGGUAACAGGAAGUACUUCUGCAAGGACCCGUGUAAAGAAGAGAAGGAUGUUGUGGUUGACUCAGUCAAGCCUACUCCUUCGAAGUAUGAGCUACAGGACAGAGGGAACAUCUUCACUGUGAUUAUUACUGACCUCAAAAUGACAGACUCUGGGAAGUACUGGUGUGCAGUAGACCGGUCUGUUACUGACACCUAUACCAAGGUCAUCCUAACAGUUGUAGAUGCACCAACGAGUUCUUCACCAUUGAACACAAGAGCUCACAUUUAUUCUCCAUCUACUAUCAGUUAUCUGGGGGCUAUCUCAAUAACAUUCAAUGCCACAUUUACAGCAGUUACUAUAGCAACAGUUCAGUCAACUGACUACAACAACAUCAAAACAGAUUGGCGAGUUUACCUCUGUGUCUCUGUGGGUGUGUUACUGAUCACUUCACUGGUGGGGAUUCUGGUGUUUUUAGCCUUAAAUUAUAAAAAGACCUUGGUUAAGUGGCAGUGUUGCCCAGGAAGAAGAGAGGCUUCUGACUCUGAAGGCAAUUCAUUUGGGAACCAGAACUCAAUCUCCCAUAAUCCUCAUCCUGCCAGUAUAAAUACUCCGUCUGACUAUGAAAACUUUCUCAACGUUUCCGCCAUAUCGUCUACCCACAAUAUAUACACUGUUCACUGUAAUGAAUGACCUCGCUGGUCUACUACCAAGAUGUCAUAGAGUAAAAACAAACCUUUCACAUUUCGUAAAUAAAACAAAUCUAUAUAUUGAUCUAUAUGUUUUUGUUUACCUCUGUGUCUCUGUGGGUGUGUUACUGAUCACUUCACUGGUGGGGAUUCUGGUGUUUUUAGCCUUAUAUUAUAAAAGUAAUAUACUUUACUUUAAUAUACACCCACUCUGUGGGUGUGCUAUAGAAAAAAACUCACCCUUGAUCACCACAAUAUAACAAAGAGUAUUAUAUUAAUUGUAAGUAUAUAAAAGCAACUGAGAUUACUGGAAAUUGUAAAGAUCUUAUUACUCCUCGCACUGUACCUCGCUCCCUCCGAUCCACUAGCACUGCCCGACUGGUCCCACCAUCUCUCAGAGCAAAGGGUAGGUAUUCAUCUAGACUCUUCUCUGUUCUUCCACCGAGGUGGUGGAAUAAACUUCCCCUAGAUGUCCGUACAGCAGAGUCUCUGACUGUCUUCAAACGACGUCUUAAGACCUACCUUUUCCUGAAGCACUUAAACUAGCUCUUAUCUUUCCCUGUUUAUGUAUUGUUAUAUGUUUAAAAAAAAAUCCAAUUUUAGGCUAAUGGUAUCCUAAGUCUGUAACCUACUGAACCAGUUUUCAGUGAUAGAGACUUAAAGCACUUUUGUAUGUCGCACUGGAUAAGAGCGUCUGCCAAAUGCCAGAAAUGUAAAUGUAAAUGUAAAUUGGCAAUUUGCUGCGUUAUGAGAGAAAUACCUCUCCCCUGACUUGGAUUUUCCUGCUUCAGCUUCAGGAGCUCAUUUUGCAUGCUGAGGUAUUGAGGUUCAGGUCAGGCCACCGUCACCAGAAUUCUAGCAUAUCCGGGUCACCUAUUUCUGGGUUAAGCCUAUUUAAGCUAUGUUAAUACUAUACACAUUGAGAAGUAAUACAGCGUUUUUCCUGUGUACCAAGCUGUGUUCCUUGUUUUCCGUGUUCCACUGUUCAUGACCUAGCUUUUGGAUUUGUUUGCCAUGUGUCUCUUUGGAUUAUUGACCUGUGCCUGUUUAGAUAGAAACCUUUCACAUUUUGUAAAUAAGACAAAUCUAUAUAUUGUUUUAUAUUUGGUAUAUACUAAUUUUAUAAUGAAUUUGAUGUCAUGUACUGUUCACUGUCUGUAAGAAAUUUAUGCCACAGAGUUUUCCCUGAUAAAUGAAUGAAUGAAUGAAUGAAUGAAUGAAUGAAUGAAUGAAUGAAUGAAAGAAUGAACAAUAUGCAUAGUUGUAUUUAUUUUAAAAUCUUCCCAAAAUUUUGAUGUAUAAGAAAGCUACUAAACAUCUAAAAAGCUGAUUAAAAUCUAUAUAAAACUAAACAUAACUUCUUUAUUGAGUGGGCAUUUGGUGUGUGUGUAAUGCUGAGUUUAUACACUAUUCUGUUUCUGUUGGUCACCUGGCAUGCAUGACUAAUAUAAAACUAUGCUCUACUGUACAGUAGUCAAAAGUUUAGGCUCUCACAGAUACACAGCAUGGUUUGGCAGCCAGAACAAAGCAAUCUGGUGUCCAAGCAGCACAUUGAGCUGGGUAGUCGUGCCCUACAAGAUAUGCCUCUAGAAAUUAGGGCUCACUCCACUAGAGGUAUCACCUU